AGAGAAAGUUUCCAAGAUGGCGGUACAGACCUGCCUGUUCGCUGGAAAACAAUAGAAACAGUACAGAGGGAAGGAGUUAGCCUGUGCUGGCGAACGAAUCUGCUUUGAGGCGCACACACUCGGGUUCGGCCAGGGGCAGGGAUAUCAGCGGCGUUGACUCGGAAUAAAUAUAAUUAAAGUAUGUGUAUUAAUUUAAAUGUUUCAGGCUAGCCACUUUGCUAGUCGAGCUCUCACUAGCCUUUCUACCCAAAACACUGCGCUAUAGGCUAGCGGCUAACGGCUACAAGGAGGCGGAGGAUCAGCUGUUCGCUGGACAGAUGCUGUAGGAAGAGCGGACAGCUACACUCUCACAUGAGUGCCGCGGUGACUGAAGGCCAUUAGCGAAACAAAGGUCGCCUCCAUGGAGCCAGCACAGGAGUCUUUGUAAAGGGCGAGGGGGGGUGUAUAGACGCCCAGAGUGAAAAAGAGCCAAAUUCAGCAUUUUAUGGACGAAACCUGAGCCGGGAGUUUACUGCAAGUCUUUAUUGAUGAUGGCGGAUUUUGUUACACCGCGACACAGCGUGGUGAUGGAGAGGCUCCGCCGGAGGAUCGAGCUCAUCCGGCAGCAUCACAACAGCUGCGAGAGCCGCUACGAGAACGCGAUGCUGGAGCGGCUGGAGCCGGAGAGGCAGCAGACCCUCGCCCUGCAUCAGCGCUGCUUGCAGACCAAAGCCAAGCGGGCCAGCAAGCACCGGCAGCCCCAGCCCAGCGGUGACCAGGCCGGCCAGAGAGCCCCGGGCGGCGGCGGAGGCGGCGCGGAGCACGGGGAGAGCGGAGGGACGGCGACGGAGCAGAGUCGGAACAGCACCCUGAUCGCGUUGCAGGAAACGGUGAAGAGGAAGCUGGAGAGCGCCAGUUCUCCACUGAGCAGAGAUCAGGUUAACGGCUACAGCGAUGGCUUCCCCCCCAACAAGAAGGCCUGUCUGGAUAAUGGCACGUCCAACGGCUCCCCGCUGGACUCCAAGCUGGGGAUCAGCGACUCGCUCAACUCUAACGGGACCCACGGGCCGGCUGGCGAGCUGGUGGACGUCUGCAGCAGUGAGGUGGGGUCAGACUUCCAUCGGAAAGAGAUGAAGCAGGAGCCGGAGGACAUCCUGCCCAUCAUGCCCCCGUCGGGAGGAGGAAACAACAGCCUGUUCCCCGACCUGAACCUGAACGAGCAGGAGUGGAAGGAGCUGAUGGAGGAGCUGAACUGCUCCGUCGCCAUCGAGGACAUCCAGGACAUCCUCAGUGAAGGAUUUGAGGACCGCAAAGACCUUCUGGAGCUGGUACCGACUCCAGGUGGAGGGGGGGGCGGCGGGAGGAGUGGUGGAGGAGGCCAGUCGUCCCAGGGACUGCUUCCUCCGGAUCUGGCCACGGUGAAGACCGAGUUUUCCCCAGCCUCCGCGGUCUUCGAGCAGGACUCUCACACCAGCACCGCGUCAACUGGACCACAUCCCCACCCCACCAGCUCCCCCGUUGCCUCCUCCUCCGCCCCCUCCCCAGCUCUCCUUCCAUCCCAGCCAGCUCCUCACCAGAGGCAGCUCCAGCCUCCACCCAACCACCUUCUGCCUCCGGGGCCCCCAGGUCCCAAAGACCUGUCCCCUGCCCAGCAGCUUCAGCAGCUGGCAGCCCAGCAGCAGCGAGUCCAGAAACUCAGAGUUCAGAAGCCGCAGCAGCCACCUGCCAGGGGCCCCCACAAUCACCCCUCACCGUGGCCCCAGAUGGCCAACACCUCUCAGAGUCAGCUGGGGGGCCCGUUUGGUAUGGACAAGUCCACGUCCCCCUCCCUUUACCCACAGGACUUUAACCCGAACACCCAGAAGCAACUAUUGAUGUCCACCCAACCCAACAAGAGCUCUCCAAAAGCGGGGGCCAGCAACUACAUGCAGGGGCCCGCCGGACACUCCAACAUGCUUAGUCAUCUGCCAGCAGCGGUGACCCAGACCCCGGCAUCGAUGUUGAACUACAACAACACCAAACCUCUGUCACACUUCGAGGUGGGGCCCGGACCCCCACCACGGCCCCCCAACACACAGAACCAGAACAAGGUUGCCCUGCUGUCCCUUCUCCGCCAGCAGCAGCAGCAGAAGAGCAGCAUGAACUUCAGGCAGCACAUACCACACACACAGGACCAGAACACCUACCCCGCUCCACCACAGGGUCCAGGCCCUGCCGCUGCCAUGACAUCUGGGCCUGGAAACAAUCCCAUGGCAGCCCAGUCGGGGGCGAAUGUCAUGGCAGGUAACCACGGCAAUGCUGCGUAUCUGAGCAACCAGGCAGCGGUGGCAGCAGCAGCACUGAAACAGCAGCAGAUCCUGGAGCAGCAGAAGAAGCAGCAGCAGCAGUACAUGCAGAGGCAGCAGAUCAUGGCUGAACAGGAGAAACAGCGCCAGCAGGACCAGCAGCUGCAACGACAUCUGACCCGGCCUCCCCCGCAGUACCAGGACCAGCCAGGACCACCAGCCAAUCAGAACCCGUUUCCACAGCAACCAGUCAGUCAGUUUCCAGCUUCCUCUCAGCCAAUGGGCAGUGUCGGCUCCAUGGGAGGCCCCGCCCCCGGGUCCCGCAUGUUCCCUCAGAACCAAGGCAUGAUGGGUAUGAAUAUGGGUCAAGGCAGCGGGCCAGGAGGAGGUGUGGCUCCGCCCCCUACGGUGAGUCAGCCUGACAUCAGUCUGCCAUCCUGUGGAGGGGGCGCGGCUGGCGUGGACGUCCUCUACAACAACAUGAACCUUCACCCCAACCACCCCAACCACCCACCCCAGCAGGGGGGCCUGCAGCGCCAGCCUCUGGGCUCCAUGAGCGCCACCUACAGGCAGAACCUGCUGGCACAGCAGCAGCAGCACCUGAAGCCGCAGCCCAACGCAGCCAUGUUGAAACAGCAGCAGUUGGUGGCUGUCACUCGCAUGCCGGGCGCCAUGCAGAGCAGCAUGGCAGGUGGCCUGUCUGGGCCUAUGCAGGGCGCCCAGAACCCGGCCUGGCAGCAGCAGCUCGCCAACCAGCCGCCAUCCAGUAACGCCUUUAACAACCCCCCCAAUGCCUUCCACAUGCAGCAGCAGCAGCCACGCAUCCCCAAGAUGCCCUCGGGCUCCACCCCCUUUGGUGCCAACCCCGGCGGGCGCCCCAUGACCGGUCUAAGUCCUGGGCAGCAGAUAAUGCAGACAAACAUGGCCGCCACCCAACAGAGGGUGCCUCCAAACCCACAGAGCCUGGGCCAAACGAUGGCCAAUCAGCAGCAGACUCAGCAGCAGCAGGCCAAUCAGAACCAGGCUGUUCUCCCUGACAUGGCAGCGUUUGGACAGGGCAACAGUCGCCAGGGAAUGCAGUGUAACCAAGGAUACCAGGUGAGCAGGACUGCCAGCCAGCAGCAACAGGUGUCGUUCGGAUACAACGUGGCGGCGGGGAGCUUUGCCGCCGAGAGUGAGCUAGUGGACUCGCUGCUGAAGGGGCAGAGCACCCAGGAGUGGAUGGCCGACCUGGACGAGCUGCUCGCCAGCCACCAGUAGAUCCACACACCUGUCCUCACCUGCUGAGUGAGCCGCUGACCACUUCCUGCUGCGUCUGAUGUGUUGAAGUCACCACGUUAACGUCGUUGCUGAGGCGCCAUCUGACUGUCGGCCCGUUUACAUCCUGAAGGUUUGUUUACAUCUGUAAACAAGCUGCUUCCUGAUUCGCUGGGCCUGACAGUCACCUGUCAGGAGCAGAAAACGUGCUGAGAGGCCAGACCCUGGGUGAGCUGACUGGUUGUAAACAAAACCAGUUCAGUCAAGAAGAGUGAAGUCAACAAACAUUUAAAAACAUGCUGAUGUAGGAGCGAUUUGCUCUCCUGGUGGAAAGCUACUGAAAACUAAAGAGACAAAUCGUUUAAAUUUAACCUCAAACAGCUGAUAAU